AUGAAGUUCUUCAUUUAUCUAGUUAUGUUCAUUAUCCACUUGAGUGGUAUCAUCACAGCUAACAAUGUGAUAGAUUCCUUGAUUCGAGAUUCUUGCAAAAAAGCUUCAAAAUAUGAGGAAUCAGAACAAGAUUACUACAACUUAUGCAUCACAUCUAUCAAAGAAAAUCCAGAGACUCAGAAAGCCAGAAACAUCGAUGAUUUGAUCGUGGUAGGAGUCAAAAACGCUAUGGUGAACACGACAAACGUGAAAGGAAUCUUGGAGAAGAUUCUGAAGGAGAGAAAGUAUAAGAGUAAGUUGAGUGCGAAGUUGAUGCGUGAUUGCAUUAAGCUUUAUUCUAAUGGCAUUGACUCGUUAACCAAAGCUUUAAAGUUCAUAAAAAUGAGGGAUUACAGGAAGGUCUCCGAUAAUAUAAGCGAUGCAAGAGCUGCUCCAAGAACUUGUGAAAUGGGAUUCAAUGGCGAUAAUAACCAGACAUCUCCGGUGACGAAAGAGAACGAUGUUCUCUUCCAAAUGGCAGAUAUUCCUCAGGCUUUUAAUUACGAUUCCCAUCUUGAUACGCCCACCGUGUAA